AGUACUUGAUUUUGUGAAAGGACAAAAGGGUUAUUAUUCAGUGAUCACAUAUGAAGGAAGAUAGUGGUGGUGUCUCAUUGGAAAUGGAGGGUGGAAGAGAAAGAGUAAUUGCACAUGUUAACAAGGUUGGUUAUGUGAAGAGGGUCAUUGCAAAAAAGACGAAGCCUUAUCGAAGGGUUAAGAAGAUAGAGCCUAAGGUUCCAAAGGCACUUAAGGAGCUGUUUGUCUCAUGCAAGGAAACAUUCAAAGGCCCUGGCACUGUUCCUUCACCACAAGAUGUUCAGAAACUGUCUCAUAUUCUUGAUAAUAUGAAGCCAGAAGAUGUUGGGCUAAGUAAAGAUAUACAGUUCUUCAAGCCUGAAAAUGUUGUCAAAGAGAACCAAAGGGUCACAUACACAACCAUGUACAAGAGUGAUAAUUUCUCUCUCUGCAUCUUUUUCCUACCUGCAAAGGGUGUCAUUCCCCUUCAUAACCAUCCAGAAAUGACUGUUUUCAGUAAGCUUCUAUUGGGAAAAAUGCACAUUAAGUCUUAUGAUUGGGUUGAUCCUGAGAUCUCUCACAAUUUGUUGCAGCAACCAUCUCAAUUGAGAUUGGCUAAGUUAAAAGCUAACAAUGUUUUCACAGCACCUUGUGAUACUUCAGUGCUUUAUCCAAAGACUGGUGGUAACAUCCAUGAAUUCACAGCCAUAACUCCAUGUGCUGUGCUUGAUGUCAUUGGACCUCCUUAUUCCAAAAAAGAUGGCAGGGAUUGCUCCUACUACAGAGAUCACCCUUAUACUGCUUUUCCAAAUGGAGAUUUUGCUAAGGUGAAAGAAGAAAAUGAUAGUUAUGGAUGGUUGGAAGAGAUUGAGAUGCCAGAAAAUUCUCAAAUGGAUGGGAUUGAGUACCGUGGUCCUCCAAUUAUAGAGAGUGCCCUAUAGAUAAGAUCAACAUUCAACAUGUAUUCAAUAGGACACCCUCUUAGCUGUUCUUACUGUGCAUACCAAAGGCAUAUACAAAUCCACCAUCCCUCUACCUUUUUCUCCACAUUCAUGAAUAUUGGCAUG